UGAAGAGCAGCUCAGUAAACAUAUACCCUUAAGCUGAAUAUUCCACUAUCUGUUACUCCUCUGAAAUUGAUAUUGGGGUUAGGAAAUCCUUCCCGGCGUAAAGAUUUGAGCUAGUCUAAUUUGUAGUUCUUUUAUUCAGUUCGUGAUAUUUUUUACUUGAACAAUCAUAGAUGACUGGUGGUGAAGAAUUUAAAAAACCUUUGAAUGAAAAGUGUUGAGGUUGUUUUGAUGGUGUUUUAGAAUGGUGAUUAACAAAUGGGCUGUAAUAAUUUGUGUGAUAGCUUUCUCUGCAAGUGAUUUUGUGGUGCUUGCUGCCGAGGAGAAACCUGUAGCAGCUGAUACUUUACAACAAAAAACAGAACGUUCUGAGGAAUCUGGUUCGGAGGAAGGAAGGGAACUGGUGCAACUGCAAAUUCUCUUCCGCCAUGGAAUGAGAGCACCUGACCAAACAUUCCCUGGGGACUUAAAUCCAAUAGACGUAUGGAGAGAAGGAGUUGGUCGCUUAACACAACACGGCAAGUACCAAAUGUAUUGUUUGGGGAGGCAUUUGAGAUGGCUCUACCGCAAUUUUAUUACAGCAAGCCCGGUCGAAGUGGAAGUGUUGAGUUCGAAACGCAACCGGUGUUUGUUGAGUGCGUUGUGUCUCGCUUCCGCCAUGUAUGAGCCGACAGAAGAAUGGGAAUUUUUACCCAAUUUUCGCUGGCAGCCCAUCCCGGUGCAGUUCAUAGCCCACGGAAAAGAUCCGUACUUAGGUAGCGUAAAAGAAUGCCCAGCAGCACGAAAAGAAAUUGACAAAAUGCAUAAGGCACCCGAAGGUGAGAGGUUUUUGAAACAAAAUAAGGAAUUGUUUGAAUACUGGGCCAUGCAUAGUGGAUUAAAAGUGAGGAGUUGGAAAGAUGCGGCAACACUUUUUGAUGCACUAAAUAUGGAGAAAACUUACAACUUCCUUAUUCCCGACUGGGCGGAAAAGCAUUGGGAAGAGCUUCGCUACGUAAACGAUAUGUCUUAUUAUCUCUCUGGAAGAACGAAAAAAUACCAAACGCUUCGAGCAGGUCCUUUGCUUGGCAUGAUAAGAGAUAAGUUUGAAAGCACAGUUAAUGGAACUUUGCUGAAAAAAGUUUCUUUGUACUCUGGACACAGCAAAAAUAUGGUAGCAGUGUUAAGCGCUCUGGAUGUUUUCAACAUGAAAGAGCCCCCUUUUGCCGCAACAGUCAUUUUCGAACUGUAUAGAGAACCUGGCGGUCACAGUCACAGUGUUCGCCUCUUGUUUCUCAACUCCACCACCCCCGAAGCGGAGGAUCAAACGCCGAACGUUCUAAACAUUCCCAAGUGCGGAGAGUUCUGUCCGUUCGAAUCGUUCAGCACUAUCGUGAAAAGCUUCACUCCAGAGAACUGGGAAAAGCAGUGCAGAUGAAUUUGUUUUUGAGGAAGGACUUUUGAAUUCAUGUGGUGGCGCUGUGUGUCAUGAAGUUCCUUCGAACAAAGCGUUUUUCGAAAAUGGGGUCGUUUCCAAAAUUUUAAAAGUAGUUUUUUCUGAAAAAGCAUGCUUAAAAACAUAGAAUCUGACUAUUUUUUAAAUAAUUUGUUUAAAUUUUGUAUUUAAAAAAAUUACUUAAAUCGGUUUCGCUUUCAUUCUUUACGCUUCUGCCGAUAACAUCACAAAUGAUGAAAUACCAUUAUUCUGUGUUGCCAUUCACAGAGCAAAAUAUUUAAUUCACAUAUUUACUCACUUGUAUUGGCAACGAUAGGGUUGACAGCAAGCGUAGGGCGCAAUUUUAACUCGCUUCUUGAUUAUCAUAACAUGGAAACGUGGUAGAAAGAUGCGCCAAAGAGCAUCAUUUGUGACGUCAUCAAGACCGCGCCUUGUUUGAAAAAUCAGACAUUUAAAAAAAAUAAUUAAAAAAAACUAUUGAGAAUAUCCAAGUAUUUUCUGGGUCCAUGUAUUUUCUUUUUUUUAUUUAUUUAUUUAUUUUUUGCUUAUUCUAUCAAUUUCAGUGACAAAAAGUACUAAUUUUGACUGAAGGAAACAACCCCAUUGUGAAGAAAGAAUUUUCAUGUUUCAGACUUUCAUUUCAUUUUCUGUGGUAGUUGAAAACGGAGAGACCCAUAGCUCAUUCGCGGUAGCAUAAGUAAUAAAAUAAUAGUUUAAAAAACUAAAAACAACACGCUUAUGAACUAAAA